GAACUUCCUGAGUCCCAACAGGCAGGAGUCCUGCCAAAGCCACAAUGUAUGUGUCAUCUUGGAAGAUGACGCACCAGGAAGAAUGGGGAGGAGGGAGGAGGAAAAACUGCUGAUGAGGCCGACUCGCUCUUUGCGGCCCAUCAUAUCAGCAAAGCCAGCUCUUUUGAGAUGGAAGAACAAAGAUGUUUCUCCUCUGUGAGGAGGUGACAGUGGUGUUCUGGGUGAAGGAGAGCAGCUUUGUCCUGGAAGGAAUCUGACUUGGAAGGAGGCCCAGUUGUCCAGCAGUGGAUAUGACGUCAGAUAUUGACACAGCCAACAAUCGACUCAUCAUUUCUGAAGACCUGUGGAGUGUCCAUUGUGGAUUUCUUAGAACUGCAGAGAGUAUGCUGAGAUUCAAACAAGUCAUCUGUGUCCUGGGCUCCCCUCGCUUCACCUUUGGAUGCCAUUACUGGGAGUGGACAUGGCUGCACUCUCCCAAGAAGCAAGCAGCUGUCCCGUCUGCUCAGACUAUCUAGAAAAACCAAUGUCCCUGGAGUGUGGAUGUGCUGUCUGCUUCAAGUGCAUCAAUUCACUGCAGAAGGAGCCCCAUGGGGAGGAUCUACUUUGCUGUUGCUGUUCCAUGGUCUCUGGGAAGAACAAAAUCAGGCCCAAUCGGCAGCUAGAGAGGCUGGCUUCCCACAUCAAGGAACUGGAGCCCAAGCUGAAGAAGAUUCUGCAGAUGAAACCAAGGAUGCGGAAGUUCCAAAUGGAUACGACCUUGGAUGCCGACACAGCCAACAACUUCCUCCUCAUUUCUGACGACCUCAGGAGCGUCUGAAGUGGGCGCAUCACACAGAAUCGGCAAGACCUUGCCGAGAGAUUUGACGUGUCCAUUUGUGUCCUGGGCUCCCCUCGCUUUACCUGUGGCUGCCACUACUGGGAGGUGGACGUGGGAACAAGCGCAGAAUAGGACCUGGGAGUCUGCAGAGAAUCUGUUUACCACAAAGGGAGGAUCCAUCUGACCACAGAGCUUGGAUUCUGGACUGUGAGUUUGAGGGAUGGAGGUCGCCUCUCUGCCAGCAUGGUGCCGCUGACUUUCCUCUUCGUAGACCGCAAGUUACAGCGAGUGGGGAUUUUUCUGGAUAUGGGCAUGCAGAACGUUUCCUUUUUUGAUGCUGAAGGUGGUUCCCAUGUCUAUACAUUCAGGAGUGUCUCUACUGAGGAGCCACUGCGCUCGUUUUUUGCUCCUCCAAGUCCACCUAAUGGUGAUAAGAGUGUCUUGAGUAUCUGUCCUGUGAUGAACCCGGGCACUACUGAUGCUCCAGUCCAUCCUGGGGAGGCCAAAUAAGCUCCCACUGCAAAAAAACAAACAGGUUAAGAAAAUUACUUGGGUGGGCAGACUUAGGAACGCUCUACUCGGUAAAAGCAUUACACAAAGUCAUAGGAGAAAAAUAUGGGACAAUUCAUGAUUAUACUUAAUCUAAUUUGAUUAGUUUA